GGCCACGAUGCGCCUGCGCAGUGGCGAGGGCUCCGGCUGUGUGGUUCCCGCCAUUUCUCGCGGCAGUCCUCCCUGGGUUGAGUUCCGCGCUCCAUGGAGGCAUUUGACCCCGCAGAGCUGCCCGAGCUGCUUAAGCUUUAUUACCGGAGACUCUUUCCCUACGCCCAGUACUAUCGCUGGCUCAACUAUGGCGGAGUGGUAAAGAAUUACUUUCAACACCGUGAAUUUUCCUUCACAUUGAAAGAUGAUAUUUACAUUCGUUACCAAUCCUUCAACAACCAGAGUGAUCUGGAAAAGGAGAUGCAGAAAAUGAAUCCGUACAAGAUUGAUAUAGGCGCGGUAUAUUCCCACAGACCCAAUCAACACAAUACAGUGAAGCUGGGAGCUUUCCAGGCUCAAGAAAAAGAACUGGUGUUUGACAUUGACAUGACAGACUACGACGAUGUGAGGAGAUGUUGUAGUUCUGCAGACAUAUGUCCUAAGUGCUGGACCCUCAUGACGAUGGCCAUACACAUCAUCGACCGAGCAUUGAAGGAGGACUUUGGAUUUAAACAUCGUCUCUGGGUAUAUUCUGGAAGGAGAGGUGUUCAUUGCUGGGUCUGUGAUGAAUCAGUUAGAAAACUGUCCUCUGCAGUACGUUCUGGGAUAGUUGAAUAUUUGAGUGUUGUAAAGGGUGGUCAAGAUGUUAAAAAGAAAGUUCAUCUAAGUGAAAAAAUUCAUCCUUUUGUCAGAAAAUCUAUAAACAUAAUAAAAAAAUACUUUGAAGACUAUGCCUUGGUUGAUCAAGAUAUUCUUGAGAAUAAAGAAAGCUGGGAUAAGAUUUUAGCCCUUGUUCCUGAAACAAUGCAUGAUGAACUUCAACAAAGCUUCCAAAAGCAUCACAAUUCACUUCAGCGCUGGGAGCAUUUGAAGAAAGCAGCCAGCAGAUGUCAGAAUAACAGCAAAAAUGACAAAUGUGGACCCUGGCUUGAGUGGGAGAUCAUGCUCCAGUACUGUUUUCCACGACUGGAUAUCAAUGUUAGCAAAGGAAUCAAUCAUUUACUGAAGAGCCCUUUUAGUGUUCAUCCUAAAACAGGUCGCAUUUCUGUGCCUAUUGAUUUACAGAAAGUGGAUCAGUUUGAUCCAUUUACUGUUCCAACCAUAAGUUCCAUUUGCCAUGAAUUGGAUGUUAUUUCCACUAAAGAAGAAGAAAAAGAGAACGGAGCUGAGUCUGAUAUCAAACAUAGAACCAGAGAUUACAAGAAGACCAGUCUAGCUCCUUUUGUAAAAGUUUUUGAGCAGUUUCUUGAAAACCUGGAUAAAUCUCGAAAAGGAGAACUUCUCAAGAAGAGUGAUUUACAAAAAGACUUCUGAAGAUAACAACUCCCUUUUUACCAAUGUGGAUAUAUUCUCCCUUCAACCCAGAAUCAAAUACUUCAAGAGCCGUUUAAUAAAUAUAGCAGAACUGUGUAUGUGUCUUAA